AUGUCGAACGCAGGAACGACCAGUAUCUUGCCUGAAGAAUUCGGUAAACCGCUUGAAGACUCAUUAGAUCAUCUUGUAUCAAAUUCACAGACCACAUCUCUAGGCUCAGGUAAAGAUGUUCUAGCUCCAAGUGAGGUUCGAUCAGAUAAAAUCGCAAAUGAGGAUGGUACAAGCGCAGACGCAGUGCAUUCUCAUGGGGAAAAAUCAAAGUCAUGGAUUAAAAAAUUCUUCCCCUCUGAGCAAACUGUAGAUAAGCUCUUUUCAAUGGAACAUAUGGGAAACUACGUUAUAGACCGUACGACCGGAAGAAAGAUCUUCGAAACUAUGCCUAUAUAUGUCAGAGUAGGAAUGCAUCUGCUCUUCGUGUCAGGUUGUACUUAUAUGUCAUACUCAUCAGUCGAGAAAUUACUUGAAAACCAAUCUAUCAAACAGGGUAAAAUUUACGAUCAGCAAGGAGAAGGAGUAAAAGAACAUAUUCAAUCAUUCAUUGAUACAUAUGAACUACCUUUAGAUGAAUUACUUGUUAAAGAUUUAGAUCAAUAUCCUACAUUCAACUCAUUCUUUUCGCGUAGAUUGCUUCCUACUGCUAGACCAAUCACAUCUCCAAACGACCCCAGUAUCAUCAUUAGUCCAGCUGAUUGUAGGAUGACUGUGUAUAACACAGUUGACAAAUCAAAACAGGUUUGGAUCAAAGGCAAACAAUUCACUUUACCAAGUCUUUUAACAGGCGAUGAUGAGACGGAUACUCGAUUUGAACAAGUUCAGAAUGAUCCCACAGCGGCUAUAUCAAUUGCUAGAUUAGCACCUCAAGAUUAUCACAGAUUCCAUUCCCCAGUUGAAGGUAUUGUAGGUGAUAUCAAGGAUAUCCACGCUGUGAAUCCACAAGCUAUCAAUGAAGAUCUCAACGUAUUCACUCUGAAUAAACGAUCUGUCAUGCUCAUCCACGCGAAUUUCGGUCCAGGUAGAGAAAGUGUAGCUAUAGCUUUUGUAGCAAUCGGUGCGAUGUUGGUAGGAUCGAUAGGGUGGUCAAAGAAACCAGGUGACAAAGUAGCCAAAGGAGAAGAAUUAGGUUGGUUCCAAUAUGGUGGAAGUACGACUAUAACUGUCUUCCCAUCGAAAUCAGGUGUAUCAUUCGAUCAUGAUUUGAUCAAGAAUUCUGACAACCAGAUGGAAACUUUGGUCAGAGUGGGAAUGGAAAUUGGUAAAGCUGAAUCGCAAGCUCAAGCCUAA